UUUGAACAUUAGAACGCGGUUAAAGGGAGCGGCGGAGUGCUCCAACAAGUGUAGUGGACUCUCUUCGGUCAUCUACGGCACGGAGCUAUAUCCAGCCCCACUUUCAGUGUCCUCCUGCUUUCAGACUGCACUUGGCUCAACCUGGCUUAGACAUGUCUCUCUCAAACACUCAACUGCCAGUCUCAGUGCCCUUCUGGAUUGAUUUCUAGACACUUGCAGUAAACAAUAAUAUACACUGUCUCCCUGAACUUCAACUUUAAAACAUCAGGCUAGCUAAGUCAGCAUUCUAUAUUUGACCUAAUGGAUUACUAAUGGGAAAAGUCACUUUGGGAAUGUUACUCAUACUUUGUAUGGAUUAAUAAUGACCGUCCUUGAACUCUAGUGUGGAGGAAACCAUGAGUUUCCCUGUGGGCAUUUCUGUAUCCAGGAAGCAUUUCUUCCUCUCAGUGUAUUCCCUUGUGCUGAGAUUGCAUUUCACAGUGCUUUUUCUGUGCACCAUGGCAUCCUCAUGCCCCAAGAGCUGCUUGUGCACAGAUAGGAAUGGACUGGUGGUGGUACAGUGUUCUUCCCGCAAUCUUGAGACCAUCCCAUCUGAUCUACCGCAUGACACCGUCGCUCUGCUGCUCUCCUCUAAUCAUAUAACAAAGAUCCCUGGCCAGGCUUUUAAACAGCUCCCUCGUCUGCAGGAGCUUGAUUUGUCACGCAAUGCGAUUGACAGUGUGGACAGUAGCGCUUUUCAGGGCAUCUCAGAGACCCUGCGUAUGCUUAAUCUGUCCUACAACCGCCUGCGUGGAGUACCCAAGGGGGCCUUUGCACGGCUCCAUGCCAAGAUUGGCCUGGCCAACAACCCAUGGCACUGUGAAUGCACACUACAAGAGGUGCUACGUGAAUUAGAACUUGACCCUGAGACCGCCAGUGAGGUGAGUUGCCAUACAGCUGUGCAGGAUGAGUAUGCCGGCAAGCCCGUCAUUCAGGUCCUGGACUCCGGCAUCAACUUCUGCAAUUUUCAUCACAAAACAACGGACGUGGCCAUGUUUGUCACCAUGUUCGGCUGGUUCACCAUGGUGAUUGCUUAUGUCAUAUACUAUGUGCGGCACAACCAAGAGGACGCCCGCAGGCACCUGGAGUAUCUCAAGUCUCUGCCAAGCAGUUCCCAAAUUAACAAGGACUUGGACACAAUCAGUACUGUUCUGUAGCUUCUGCAUCAAAGCCUUGGGUCAGGAAUGUAUUCAACUAAUGGGGCACAGCCAUGAUGGCACAGCAACAGGCCUUAAAGCUCCUCAUGAGCACUCCACAAAUACAUAAUGCUGUUUUCUUUGCUCAUUUCUAAAUAAAUAAAUCUUACAGCUCAAAAUGUAUGGCUUUCAAUAGGCAGGUCAUGCUAAUAAAUUUUAGCAUUAUUUGCAUUUUCAAGUUAGUAGUUAAAUAUUGGUUAGCAAUAAAUAGCGUUGUGUUCCUACUUGGUAUUUCCAUAUGCAUGAUAUUAUGAAUUUAUGUUAGGUUUUACCUCCAAGUAUGCAUUCUGUAAUAAUAGAAGUGAUCUUUUGUGGCUCUUGCAGAAAAGCUCUGCAGAGCUAAAUCCUCCCUCCCUCUGCUUCCUAGUAGGUGCAUAAUUUCUCUCAUUAUGUCAGUUCAUUUGUCCAUUUAUGUGCUAAUGUUAAUAUAGAGAAAAUAGGGCAGAAUCAGAGAUCGGAAGGCCUUAUUUCCAAUAUAUUUAUUAUAGAGCGGCAUAGAAAACUCAGGAAAAGACACUGAAUAUAGGAAUUAACAUCACUGCCAAAUACUGUUCAUUAAAGCUCUGCCUUGUAUUUGAUCAAUAUCAGCUCAUCCAUUAGGGGCAGUUGGAACAGAGCCCUACCAAAUAUAUCUGCCAUUCAACAAAUGUUAAUCUUCAUAAAGUCCUCAUUCACAAUUUUAUACGUUUUAAAUCCCAUUGAAUUACGAAUAAGCAUUUUUUGAGUGACCAACAAUUUUAAAAAGGCAGAUAUCUGUUAUUUGACAGAUAUAUGCCAAUGUUCCAUUGAUUUGCUCGCAUUUCUAGAUGUUGUGCAAUCAUGGGGCAACAAUGCACCAAGUGCUCAAAAUGGGAUUGGCAACAAACACUAACAAAUGCCAAUAGGGGCAAGAAUCAUGCUUCCCCAUAAUUGUGGGAAGAGCAACAGACAGAACAGUUAAUGACCGGGCUGUCAGGACCAUUUAUUUAUUUAUUUUUCGUCAGAUUGGGCUAGUUUUUAAAAUCAUCUGUGACUGCUAAGAUGUUGUUUUAUUUUAUGUAUUAAAUUCCUACAAACAAAGGGUAGUGUAAGUGCAGAGAGUGUAUAUAUGAUGUACAGAAUCAUUUCUAGUGUAAGUUAUAAUGCAAAGAUUGGGAAAGGGGAUUGUCAAUAAAUGUGUCUCCCUUUUCCAAUGGCCAGAUUUUUUGUGCUAGUUUCAAGUCAUUUGUGUGGUUUUUAAGAUGCAGAUUUGGGUUAAUUAUAAUAGCCAUUGUGUGUGUGACAGGAAACACACCUGCAGUUGACCAAUGGUAUGUCUAAAUCUGCUCAAAAUGAGCUGCUAGAUUGUAUGCUGGAUGACUGUGUGUUGUCGAUGGUCAACUAUCUAUAACAGGGUUAUUCUAAAAACUCACUAGAUAGUAGCAUAUAGCAUAAGUCAACUAUGAUAGCCGGUAUAGCUGUGAUAGCCUUGGCUCCGUUUUGUUUCAGUCUAUGUCGUUGUUAAUGUCCUCCUUACCAAACUGUAUGGUCACAACCUACUGCUGUAUUUUAUUUAAGUUUUUUUUUUUUUUUUUUUUUUUGGGUCAAGAUGUUACUGCCAAAGUGCCUAUGUGGUACCAAGAAACCUAAACACUGUGCUUUGAUUAGGUUAUUCAGUCCCUCAUGGUCCCUCCGCCAUUGCCACGAGACCUUUAAUACUUAAUGUAGUUUGUGCCAUAGCCAUAUAGGAUGUGUUUAAUGAGACAUAGAUGUGCUGUCACAUUGUUGCAGUGCUUGUAUCAAGUAUAUGUUAUUCAACCAUAAAGGGCUCCUUUAGUAAUGUGUUUCUUCAGUGAUUGUACAUGUAUUUGUUUGUUCUUCAUAGUGGCUGACAAGAUUUUUAAUAAGUAUGUAAAAACACAAUUACCUUCGGCUGUCUAGCCCAUUAUAUGUGCCAGACCCUUAGAGCUCUCUGACACACUAAUAGCUCUAUCUCCACCAGUUAAUCUAUGAAUCUAUUAUAUUCAAACACAUCGGUUUUACGGUUAACAGUUUACUUUUGACACUUUGUAAUGGGUUGAAUUAUAUAUCAGUUUUGUUUAUCUGGUAGUACAAAAAUGGUGCUUAUUCCGGCAAUAUACAGAAAAUGCCACUAAGCAACUGAAUAUGCAUUUGAAAGUAAUGUGUUUCCCAAACUAUGACUAUUACAUUUACAUUUAUGUAGUGCUUUUCUAGACACUCAAAGCGCUUUGCAUAGUAUGGGGGAGGGGGGAUUCACCGCAAACCCCACUAGUGUGUAGCAUCCACCUGGAUGAUGCGACAGCAGCCAUAGUGCUCCAGAACAUCCACCAGACACCAGCUAUUAGUGGAGAGGAGAGAGUGAUGUAGCCAAGUCAGAGAUGGGGAUUAUUAGGGGGCCAUGAUAGAUAAGGGCCAAUGGGGGAGUUUCGUCAGGACACCAGGGUUACACCCCUACUGUUUUACAAUAAGUGUCCCGGGAUUUUUAAUGACCACAGAGAGUCAAGACCUCGGUUUAACGUCCUAUCCAAAAGACAGUGCUGUUUUUACAGUAUAGUGUCCCCGUCACUAUACCGGGGCAUUAGCCCCCAAACAGACCACAGGGUGAGCGCCCCCUGCUGGCCUCACUAAUACCACUUCCGGAAGCAACCUUAGUUUUCCCCAGGAGGUCAACCAGGCUCAACCCUGCUUAGCUUCAGUGGGAAACCAGGUGAGAACUGCAGGGUGUUAAAACCAACCAUUAAACCCUUCUAUCCUUAUUUAUUUUACUUUUCAGAAUUGGUUUUUGUUUUGUUUUUUAACCCACUGAUGGUCACGAGAGAAUGUGUUACAAUUGUGUUCAUGCCUCACCGGAUUGUGUUUGGCUCAUUUAGGGUUCUCUGACUCUAUGAGACCGAUGAUAGAUUUAUUUCAUUGAUAUCUUUGGAUAGCUGUUCCAAACAUUACUGUACUUGAUUUGAGUGUUGUUCUUGAUUCUGUCUAUCUAAAUAAGGUCUGACUGAAUAUGUUUGACAAGCAAUUUUUAAAUUCCAAAACAAUACAUUGUUAAAUUCAAGGUUUUACUGACCUAAGCAUUAAAUCCUAGCCUCUGAGACAGUUUGAUUUUUACCAUGCAGCCUGCAAGAAUGACUGAUUUACAUAAUUUACUCUGUAAUACUUAAUGGCAGUGUUCACAGGGAUACAUGAGUACUUCUUAACAAAUAACAAACCUUCAUAAAUAUGUAUAAAGACUUAUUCCAACAUGAGUCAACUGGGAGCUAUUUUUCUCAGUUUUGAAGUGGCAUAACACACUUGACUCUCAAGUGACAGAUUUUUUGUUGAUAUUAGGUUGUAUAAUGACAAUGACUCGCAUUUAAAUGUCAUGACAAAAUUCAGAUAAAUUAAUACUUCUCCAUUAUGGUGUGAUGACAUUCUUCUAGUUUUUCAAAAAAAGCAUUUUUUAUAUUUAGUAUAUUCAGGGGUGGGAGGGUUCAUUUAAAAAUGUAUUCCGUUACAGUUACAAAUUACUUCAUAAAAAUUAUAACCAGUGACGUAAUCCAAGUAUCACGAAAUGAAAGUAAGGUAAUACAAUUAUUUUUGGGUCAAAUAUGUAAAUAAAGUCAAGAGAAAAGCAAUACGAUCUAAAGUAUUUUAUUUAGAACUUAUUUUAGAGCUUAAAAACAUAUUCAAUGUUUGGAUUUGUUGUAAUAAAAUAAAUAAAUAAAAUAUCACUGUCUUUGAU